AUGUCGGACAGCCCCUGGGUGUGCAGCUGGAGGCCCCACUGCCCUCGGGGCCCCAUCACUGCCCUCUACACCAGCCCCGGGCCCAAGUACGGGCUCCCCUCAAGCAUCGGUUUCCUUGCGCACGCCCCGUGCCGGCCCCGCGCUCCCGGAGCGGCCGCAGCAGCAGGGCCUGGGCCCCGUGUACCUGGUGCCUUGGGGCAGCACCGCCCACGGCAGCACCCGGAGCCCCCGUCCUCCAUCUGCGGCCGGCCCCGGGACCCGCUGCCCUUCAGCACCCCCGGCCCAGUCCGGUACUUGGUGCAGCCCCACGGCCCCCGCCUGCUCCCUGAGCCCCCGCACCCGGCACGGGGCCGUGCAGCAGACACCAGAGGCCCCUCUACCUAUCACCUGCCCCCCAUGCUGGGCCCACACCUUGUGAGCAAGACCUCAAAUCCAGGCCCAGGCCGGUACCACACGGUGGACACGGACGUGUACAAGCACCGGGCACCGCGGUUCUCCAUGGUGGCGCGGAACAUGCCGCCGGGGGACACCACCACCAAACCGGGCCCCGCCGCGUACAGCCCCCGGCAGAGCCGGCCCCAGGGAGUGACCUUUGGCAUCCGCCACUCCGAGUACCUGACACCAUCGUGGACCUGCCCUGUCCCCAUGACCCCGGAUGACCUCCUGGCCUCCAUCCCCCCCCCGUGUCACCCGGUGCAGCAGGGGGCGCUCCGCGGGUCCGCCCGCCGCCAGGGGGCGCUGCCGCGCGUGACGCCGGCCUCGGCGGACGCGCCCUCCCCACAAGCCCUGCCCCGCAGUAGGCUUGCAGUUGUGGGGUUGUUAUGGCUGCUUCCCCCAUAA